UUCUUUUUCUCCCUGCAGCAUGUCAUGGUUUAGUGGCCUUCUGGUCCCCAAAGUGGAUGAACGGAAAACAGCCUGGGGUGAACGCAAUGGGCAGAAGCGCCCUCGUCACAGGACUCGCACCAGUGGCUUCUGUGCGCCCCGAUAUAUGAGCUGCCUCCAGGAUGCACAGCCACCCAGCCCCAGCCCUACAGCUCCACCUCGGUGCCCCUGGCAGGAGGAGGCCUUCAUCCGGAGGGGUGGCCCAGGCAAGGGCACUGAGCUGGGGCUGCGGGCAGUGGCCCUGGGCUUUGAGGACACUGAGACAACAGCAGCGGUUGGGGUGGCUGAGGUGGCACCCGAUGUAGCACCCAGGAACAGGCGAUCCUGCUGGCGCCGGCUGGUGCAGGUGUUCCAGUCGAAGCAGUUCCGCUCAGCCAAGCUGGAGCGCCUGUACCAGCGGUACUUCUUCCAGAUGAACCAGAGCAGCCUCACGCUGCUGAUGGCGGUGCUCGUGCUGCUCACAGCUGUGCUGCUGGCCUUCCAUGCUGCGCCCGCCCGCCCUCAGCCUGCCUACGUGGCCCUGCUGGCCUGUGCAGCCAUCCUCUUCGUGGUGCUCAUGGUGGUGUGCAACCGGCAUAGUUUCCGCCAGGACUCCAUGUGGGUGGUGAGCUACGUGGUGCUGGGCAUCCUGGCAGCUGUGCAGGUUGGGGGUGCCCUGGCAGCCAACCCCCAUAGCCCAUCAGUAGGCCUUUGGUGCCCUGUGUUCUUUGUCUACAUCACCUACACGCUCCUACCCAUCCGCAUGCGGGCAGCUGUCUUCAGUGGCCUGGGCCUCUCCACCCUACAUAUGAUCUUGGCCUGGCAACUCAACCGUGGUGAUGCCUUCCUCUGGAAGCAGCUUGGUGCCAACAUGCUGCUGUUCCUCUGUACCAACGUUAUUGGCAUCUGCACACACUACCCAGCUGAGGUGUCUCAGCGCCAGGCCUUUCAAGAGACUCGUGGCUACAUCCAAGCCCGGCUGCACCUGCAGCAUGAGAAUCGGCAGCAGGAGCGGCUACUGCUGUCGGUGUUGCCCCAGCACGUUGCCAUGGAGAUGAAAGAAGACAUCAACACAAAGAAAGAAGACAUGAUGUUCCACAAGAUCUACAUCCAGAAGCAUGACAAUGUCAGCAUCCUGUUUGCAGACAUCGAAGGUUUUACCAGCCUGGCAUCCCAGUGCACCGCACAGGAGCUGGUCAUGACCCUGAAUGAGCUCUUUGCCCGGUUUGACAAGUUGGCUGCGGAAAAUCACUGCCUGAGGAUCAAGAUCUUAGGGGACUGUUACUACUGUGUGUCAGGAUUGCCUGAGGCCCGGGCAGACCAUGCCCACUGCUGUGUGGAGAUGGGGGUGGACAUGAUCGAGGCCAUCUCGCUGGUGCGUGAGGUGACAGGUGUGAACGUGAACAUGCGCGUGGGCAUCCAUAGCGGGCGCGUGCACUGCGGUGUCCUUGGCCUGCGGAAAUGGCAAUUCGAUGUGUGGUCCAAUGACGUGACUCUGGCCAACCACAUGGAGGCGGGGGGCCGGGCCGGCCGCAUCCACAUCACUCGGGCCACGCUGCAGUACCUGAAUGGGGACUACGAGGUGGAGCCUGGCCAUGGUGGUGAGCGCAAUGCAUACCUCAAGGAGCAGCACAUUGAGACCUUCCUCAUCCUGGGCACCAGCCAGAAACGGAAAGAGGAGAAGGCCAUGCUGGCCAAGCUGCAGCGGACGCGGGCCAACUCUGUGGAAGGGCUGAUGCCACGCUGGGUGCCUGACCGAGCCUUCUCCCGGACCAAGGACUCCAAGGCUUUCCGCCAGAUGGGCAUUGAUGAUUCCAGCAAAGACAACCGGGGUGCCCAAGAUGCCCUGAACCCUGAGGAUGAGGUAGAUGAGUUCCUGGGCCGUGCCAUUGAUGCCCGUAGCAUCGAUCAGCUGCGCAAGGACCACGUGCGCCGGUUCCUGCUCACCUUCCAGAGAGAGGAUCUUGAAAAGAAGUACUCACAGAAAGUGGAUCCCCGUUUCGGAGCCUACGUGGCCUGUGCCCUGUUGGUCUUCUGCUUCAUCUGCUUCAUCCAGCUUCUCGUCUUCCCACACUCAAUGCUGAUGUUUGGGAUCUAUGCCGGGAUCUUCCUACUGCUGCUGAUCACUGUGCUGACUUGCGCGGUGUACUCCUGUGGCUCUCUUUGCCCUAAGGCCCUGCAACGCCUGUCGCGCAGCAUUGUACGCUCGCGGGCACACAGCACUGCAGUUGGCAUCUUUUCGGUCCUGCUUGUGUUCACCUCCGCCAUCGCCAACAUGUUCACCUGUAACCACACCCCCAUACGGACCUGUGCAGCCCGGAUGCUGAAUUUAACACCUGCUGACAUCACCGCCUGCCACCUGCAGCAGCUCAAUUAUUCUCUGGGCCUUGAUGCUCCCCUGUGUGAGGGCACCGCACCCACCUGCAGCUUCCCUGAGUACUUUGUCGGGAACAUGCUGCUGAGUCUGUUGGCGAGCUCUGUCUUCCUGCACAUCAAUAGCAUCGGGAAGUUGGCCAUGAUCUUUGUCCUGGGGCUCAUCUAUUUGGUGCUGCUUCUACUGGGCCCCCCAGCCACUAUCUUUGACAACUAUGAUCUGCUGCUUGGAGUCCAUGGCUUGGCUUCUUCCAAUGAGACCUUCAGUGGGCUGGACUGCCCAGCUGCAGGGAGGGUGGCACUCAAAUACAUGACCCCCGUGAUUCUGCUGGUGUUUGCGCUGGCACUGUAUCUGCAUGCUCAGCAGGUGGAAUCGACUGCCCGCCUGGACUUCCUCUGGAAACUGCAGGCAACAGGGGAGAAGGAGGAGAUGGAGGAGCUCCAGGCAUACAACCGGCGUCUGCUGCAUAACAUCCUGCCCAAGGAUGUGGCCGCCCACUUUCUGGCCCGGGAGCGCCGGAAUGAUGAGCUGUACUAUCAGUCUUGUGAGUGUGUGGCUGUCAUGUUUGCCUCCAUUGCCAACUUCUCUGAGUUCUACGUGGAGCUGGAGGCAAACAAUGAGGGUGUCGAGUGCCUUCGGCUGCUCAAUGAGAUCAUCGCUGACUUUGAUGAGAUCAUCAGUGAGGAGAGGUUCCGGCAGCUGGAGAAGAUCAAGACGAUUGGUAGCACCUACAUGGCUGCCUCUGGGCUGAACGCCAGCACCUAUGAUCAGGUGGGCCGCUCCCACAUCACUGCCCUCGCUGACUACGCUAUGCGGCUCAUGGAGCAGAUGAAGCACAUCAAUGAGCACUCCUUCAACAAUUUCCAGAUGAAGAUUGGACUGAACAUGGGCCCUGUGGUGGCAGGCGUCAUUGGGGCUCGGAAGCCACAGUAUGACAUCUGGGGGAAUACAGUGAAUGUCUCUAGCCGGAUGGACAGCACAGGGGUUCCUGACCGAAUCCAGGUGACCACGGACCUGUACCAGGUUCUAGCUGCCAAGGGCUACCAGCUGGAGUGUCGAGGGGUGGUCAAGGUGAAGGGCAAGGGGGAGAUGACCACCUACUUCCUCAAUGGGGGCCCCAGCAGUUAGCAGGGCCCAGCUAAAAAAUUUAGCUGAAGGGACCAAGGUGGGCAUUUGAGUGGACUCUGUGCUCGCUGGGUGAAGAUGUGGCAGGGGGCACCUAGCCUCAAGACCCUGCUGACCAUGAAAGGGAACAUCCCAGCAGCCUGUGCUUGGACCAUGCUCGUCUACCCUCAGGCUGGAGAAUGAGGAGAUACCAAGAGGGUUUUGCAAGUGACUUUCUUUUUAAAUUGGGGCCAGGCUGUCCCUUUUCCUUUCUUCCAGCUUUUGGGAGCAGGGGAGGGGGUAGCAGUGGGAGCCUUCCUGCCUGAAAGACGGAAAUGGCAGCUUGCCAUGCCUACCCUUUCCCUGUCUGGGCAACAGGAUCAGGGCUGGGCCCUUCAUUUCCCUUUUUCCUGAGAAUACUUUGUACAAAGACUGGGGCAGGUGUGAAGAGUGCCUAUUCCAUGCUUGCCUUUGCUAUGCCUGCAUCCCCAGCAUGGUCCUGGGGACCCCCGACCCCAGCCAGCUCUCCCUCUUAGGCACAGGAAGAGGAGGGAGAUGCUCUUGGGACCCAGCUCUGUGCAUAUUUCGGGGGAAUGUUUCCAUUUGCCAAAUCCUAGUCCCAUGAUCUGUCCCCAAAGGGGAACAAAGGGACUUCUGACAGCUCAGAUUUAGCCCCAGUUCCUGCAAAGUGCCAGGGAAAGGGGCAUCUGGCCUCAUUGGUACUGUGAAAAUGCCGGGCCAGAGAGCAGGCAUUUGUGUGGGAAUGUCAGAGCAGGAGCUGGAAGUUCACCUGCAGGUGCCAAAGAGAGCAGGCUUGCCAGGGAGAGGGGUGGGGCCGGACUCUGGUCUGAGGGCCCGAUGAUCAGGAUCAGGUCAUCCUGCCCCAGUGCUCUCUUACUGUCUGCUGGCAAGGGGGCAUGGAGCAUCUCUACCCCAUCUAUUGCCAAAUUAGAAAAGGGCCAGGGCAUGGAGGAAAAUGACCCUGAUCCCAUACUGUCCUUCCAAGCCUUUGGCAUUGGGGAGGGCCUGUGUGUCUGUGCAAUGUGUGUGCAUGUCAGUCUUUGUGUGUGUCUGUUGUCCAGGGCUGUAUGUCCUUGUGCUCCAGUUCCUCAGCUCUCCACCCCAGGCUGCCUCUCUCCUAUGGGCCUCUUGUCUUCUGGGAAUAAGGCAGGGUUUCUGGUUUCAAAGGAUGGAGAGAGACACCCAGGUUGCAUAGGAAUGGGAUUUGGUGUCGUAGGAAGAGAAGGGGUUCCCUCCCCCAAAAAGAGAGAAGGGGUCCCUGAGGAAAAGAGUCCUUUUUGUGCCAAAUCCCUAAGUGCCAUUUGGUGGCCAUGUGUGCAGCAUGACUAUCUCCUUGCCUGAGGCAGAGACCAAGCCUGAACUGUCUGGGGUUUGGUGGGCAGAGGCUCAGGACUUGCCUGGGUUUCCCAGCUGGUGUCCUGGGGCGUGGUAUGCUUUGGGACUAGUAUAGCAUGGGAUCCCUCUGAGGACCCAGAUACUGGUACUAAGGGAUGGGGCAGGGGAACCUGAAAGUUGUCCUUCCCCAGCCUUCAGCCUGAGUCUAGCACGUUCCUGGCUCCCCGAUCCCCAUGAAGCCUGCAAGGGCUGGCAGGAGGGUUAGGAGGCUGGACUCUGUUCCCUUCUUAUUCCUGCCUCCUUUUUAAUCUCUUUCCCUGCAACCUCUUGCCUCUGGCCUGAAUUAGUUGGUGCCUUGGUUUCUCUGUCAGUACCUAUUUAAACCAGGGUCACUAGCCUGAAUUUUGCUUGAAGAUUGCAUUGUCUUGGAGGUCAUUAGAGGGAGAGGAGAAAGGGCUCCAGAGUUGCUGGGUUGGGGUAGAAGGGGCAGGUGGCACUCUUGCCCUUCCUCAUGCCCUUUCUGACUCUAGCUCCUGGUAGAGGCCUGGUUUCUGAUUUGAACUGCCUGCCUUGGAGGAUCUUCAUGCAUCAACCAAACAGGCCAUUAGGCACUUCAUUAGCCAGGGCAGGAGGAGGGGAAAAGACUAGUUGGUCUAGACUGAAAAUCAACUUCCCUCCCCCAAGCCAUAUCCCUGGAUAGGAAGGGACUGCUUGGAGCUAUGGGGUGGGCGUGAGGGUAGAAGGGGACCAGAGCAGGAACACCUCAGUCUUUGGUGACUUGUCUCUGCUUCUUGCUAGGCAGGAAGGACAUGUCCACACCCUGGCUCCCUGUACCACAGUGCCAGCCAUGCUCUUCCCCUGGGCUACCACUGUCUCCUUCCUCACCAGUUGGUGGGGGAAAUCGGUGGAUGGGAGGCCCAGGGACUUGGUUUUAUACUGUAACCACUGUGGGAGGGGGGAUGGUGAUGUACCAUGUAUUUCAGUGAAAUAUUUAAUAUAUUUAAAUAUCAAUAAAAUCAAACUCUUUGUAAAA